AUGGUCUUCCCAAAUUCUUGCAUAUUUGACGAUCAGUACUACACAAAAUGCACUGAGCGCCGUCCACUUUUCUUUUCUCUCUACCGUCUCUUAGUCCUCGCUAUAAAAUGUCCGGUUCAGUCCUCCCGAACCAAUUGCAGCAACCCAAAUAAAGAAAACAAAGGUAAAAUGAGGCUUUCAAUUGGAGCAGCAAGGUCAUACACUUUACCUUGUGCUUCAAGUCAUCUUGAACUAAUAUUCAUUCUUCAUCGCCACGUACCCACUUCCUACCUCUUCUCUAAAUUUCUUAACCCUAAAAACAAAAACUUGUUUCACCAUGUCCAUUGCACUCGACUCACUACUUAUAACUCAACAAAACUCGGCAAGAAAUGGGUGGAAUAUCAAGGACUCAACAACUGGCAUGGCUUACUCGAUCCGCUUGAUAAUAAUUUACGCAGCGAAAUCCUACGCUACGGCCAAUUCGUCGAAGCAGCUUAUCGCUCAUUCGACUUCGACCCUUCUUCUCCGACAUACGCCACGUGUAAAUUUCCCCGAAACUCUUUCUUAACCAGGUCUGGUAUAGGAGAAACCGGCUACCGCAUGACAAAGAAUCUACGUGCCACGUGUGGUGUACAGUUGCCACGUUGGAUCGACAGAGCCCCUAGCUGGGUUUCCCCUCAGUCCAGCUGGAUCGGAUAUGUCGCCGUUUGUCAGGAGAGAGAUGAGAUUGCGAGACUUGGCCGGCGCGACGUAGUUAUAGCUUACAGAGGCACGGCCACGUGUUUAGAGUGGCUUGAAAAUUUCCGAGCAACGCUGACGUGUGUAUCUGACGGCGAAGGAAACGCGGGUUCUUGUAAUGAUAUCAGGCCCAUGGUGGAGAGUGGUUUUUUAAGCUUAUACACGUCAGCUACGUCAACGUGUCAGAGCUUGCAGAAGACGGUGAAGGAGGAGAUAGCUAGAGUCAUCGAAAUGUACGGUGAUGAGCCGCUCAGUUUCACGAUCACCGGCCAUAGUUUGGGCGCGGCGUUGGCUACACUAACAGCAUACGAUGUAAAAUCUAGUUUUGGAAAUGCACCAAUGGUGACCGUUAUAUCAUUUGGUGGGCCACGUGUAGGGAAUAAAAGCUUCAGGUCCCAGCUGGAAAAUGGUGGGACCAGGAUCCUACGUAUUGUCAACUCCGAUGAUCUCAUUACAAAAGUGCCUGGAUUUGUGACUGAUACUGAUGCCGUGGCAGUCCAGAUGGCAGGACUGCCGAACUGGUUACGUAAGAGCGUAGAGAACACGCGGUUGGUGUAUGCUGAUGUGGGACAGGAGCUGAGAUUGAGCAGUAAGGAGUCACCGUAUCUUAAUAAAAGGGAUAUAGCCACGUGUCAUGAGCUAGGAACGUAUCUUCACUUGGUGAAUGGAUUCGUGAGCUCGACGUGCCCAUUUACAGCCACCGCCGAAAAAAUACUAAAUAGAAAUCAUAGAGAAAAGCUAGGAAUAGGAUUUAGAUAA